AGUCCUUUUUCAAACAUCAAUUCGAGCAUACGUAUAGAAGUGCCAUACGCAAGAAAAACGAAAGAUUUUUAGUGAAAGAAAAAGCAAAAAAAUAAAAUGAAAAAAUAGAAACGAAAAGAAGAAAAGUUUUUUUUUAUACAAAUUUCUUGUCGCCAACAAAAGAAAACCUAAAGAAAUUAAUUAAAUCUAUAUAUUUAUUAACUAAUUAAAAGGAAUUUAAUGAAAUUUGGAGAAAAUUAAGAGUUUUUGCAACAAAAAUCAUGAAAUGAAAAAUAUGAUAUUUUGUGAAAUUUUUGUAUGUGUGUAUGAAAAAAAGAAAAAGUAACAACAACAACACAGAAAAAAGAAGAAGCAGCAUACAAUAAAAAUUUAUAUAUUUAUUUUUUUUUGUCUUUUUCUCAACUAUCGUGUUGUACGUAUACGCAAACCCAAAAUAAAGAAGAAAAAAAUCAAAUAAUAAAAAAAAGAAAUAAAAUCAUUCAAAAACGAGUAAUUUUUCUUCUUCUUCAGCUUCAACAUCUUGCAUUCUCCUUUGUACGUGUAUAUGUGUGUAUAGAUGUGUGUUUUUGUAUUUCGUGUGUGUAAAAAAAAUAAACGAGUUUUUAUUAUAAAAAAAAAUAAAAAAUACAAAAUAAAUGGAAAAAAAUGUUAAAUAGGUGUGAUUUUUUGUUACGUUUAAAAGAAUAUUAAGUGAACGUGUAGUAGAGCGCGAAUUGUAAGAAAAAAACCCAAGAAAAAAUAACAAAUUUUAAAAAGUUUUACUAGAAAAUUAAUCAAGUAAAGAAAUUAUUAAAUAGUUCAAUUAAAACUUCGAGAUAUAUUAUAAAAAUAACAAAGUUUUUGUAGAAAAAAUUUCAAUUUUUUGGUUUCCACCUGGUGUCGUUGUUUUGCGUGAAAAAAAAGAAACGACCAGGUAAAUCUUCGUCAAACAGUGUUGCAUUUUUGCUCGUUGCUGUCAAAUAGUUUUUUUUGGAUUAUUUUUAUUUUAUUUACUCAAACAAACAAGUAAAGGAAAAUUUGCUUAAAACGCAAAACAAUUGAGAAAAAAACAAAUGCGCAAAAUAUAAAGUUACAACUACAACAACACUAAAAACGACAGAAAAAACGCGUCAUAAAAUCAUUAAAAUACGCAGCAACUGAAAAAAUUCAAAAAGAAAACCACCACUUAAACAAAAAAAAAAAAAAGGUUAAAAAGAAAAACCCAUCAUAAACCUAAACCUCACAACAUGCAGCAGACAGUUUACUACUAACAACCACUACAAACAAACACAACUGUCAAUAGAAAAAAGCAAGAAAAUCUAAAACAGAGGUGAAAAAUCCAUAGAAUACUGUUUUUUUUUUACAAAACUACCUUAAGAAAGCAUAACCAAGGCAGCAGCAGCAACAACAACAUACAAAGGAAAAGUUGUUUUUUCUCUUUAUUGUUAAAAAAGGCAGUAGUUUUUAAAGUGCUCUUUUUAACUUAUCUAACCAAUGGGUUAAUAAAGUUGAAAAACCACUUAAAAGAAAAAAUCAAAUCAAAAGAGCUUGAUAUUAGUAAGAACAACAACAAGAGCAGUGCAGAAAAAACAGCAACAUAACAACAACAUAAAUUUCAUUAAAGAAGAAAAUAUAAAAGCAAGUUGCAGACCAACAACAUCUGCAACAUAAAAACAGCAACAACAAAUAAAAUGUAAAAAGGUGUUAUUGGUGGUGGUGGUCACGCAACAUAACCAAGCCAAUAACAAAGAGAAAAAACUAUUUUACAUACUAAAAAGGUAUUUUAAUAAAAAAAGCAGCUGCUUUCUUUAUAAAACACACACACUUACGCUCAAAGAAGCAAUUACAUUGUUGCACAUUCCUUAAAGAAACCUAAAGAGAAAAAUAUUACAACACAAAACAUUGUUAAGACAAAGAGAAAGAGCGAGUUGUAAAGCGAGAGUAAGAAAAUGUUUUAAAUGAGAGCCGAAAAAAGUUUUCUUAAAUAACAAAAAGAUGGAAAAAUUGUUGAUUGUCCUCUAGAGAAACGAGUUUAGUUUGCCAAAGAAUAACAAGCAACAUGGCCAGACUUUAAGCAGGACAUCAACAAAAACAACGAGUGUAUAAAAUAUACAAAAAAAAAAAAAACAAAAACAAUAAACAUUUUUUAUUGCAACAAAAAUCAAAAUAAACGCAAGGCAAAGGAAUUACAAAAAUUACGCGCCAAAUGCAAACAAUAAAUUUAUUAUGGGUCGUUCUAAGUUUCCCGGGAAACCGUCUAAAUCGAUUAAUCGUAAAAGGAUAAGUGUUUUGCAAUUAGACCCAAAUAAUACUUUAACGGCAGCAGCAGCCUCGGCGGCAGCUUCUUCCACAACAGCAAACUCAACUAAUAGUUCGUCAGGAGCAGGAGUAGGAGGUGGAGGAUCAGCAGCAGCGGCGGCGGCUGCAAAUUCAAAUGCCGCUACAGCUGCUGCCAAUGCCGAAGAUGAGGAGGAGCAAACGAAAACGGAGGAAAAUUUAAAUAAUGAUUCGGUGGAAUUGGAAAAACGUAAAAAUGGUCGUAAACCCCAUGAAGACGAUGAUGAGGAUGAGCAGGGGGGUCCAACAGCUAGUGCGGGGCUGUUGGCUGCUACCCGUAAUAUGAAUGGUAGAGCUUCUACUUCAAACACCACAAACCAACAGCAGCAGCAACAACAACAAAACAAUACCCAUAGCCAACAACAUCAGCCUCAAACAGAUAAAUUUGAAAAUGUCUCUGGUAGCUCUAAAUCCACAACAGAUGCCUGUAAGGAAACUGUUGCUGAUAAUAAAAAACCUAUUACAACAACAAUAGCUUCAUUAGGCUCUUUAAAAGACUCUAAAAAGCUUAUUAGCUCCAGCUUAAUUACGGGGCAAGUAAAUUUUCCUAAACGACCGUGUAAGAAAUUUAAAAAUUUAAAUAUAAAUAAACCAGAAGUAAUGCUACCUUCAUCAAGUAAAUUAAAAUUACAACAACAACAGCAGCAGCAACAACAAGAUACUAGCAAAAAUUCUUUUUCAAUAUUAACAGCAACACCACCCGCCCCUCUUGAACAUUUUCCCACAGCCGCCAGCUUAAAUAACAAGUUGCCAGAGUUACAGCAACAACAACAAACCUCUACUACAAUAAAUAAUGAAUUGUUGUUGUCAUUAUCAACGUCCGCCUCGUCUUCAUCAUUAUCUCCUUCGUCUUCUUCUUUAUCCUCCUCUACAGCAGCAUCUCCAACAACUCGUUUAACAUCAACAGCCUCGACUUCUUCGUCAUCCUCCUGUAAUAUUAAUGAAUAUCAUAAAUCUGUUAAUCAUAAUAAUACCAUAGAUCAUAAAAUAAAUGUUGAACAACAUAAAAAUGAUAAUAAUAAUGACGAUAAUAAUAAUAAUGAUCACAGUGAUAAUGAUGUUGAAGAUGAAAAUUCCAGUUUGACAUUUCCUACAAACAGCUCUCAUCUGGAGAUGAAAAAAUGUCCAAAAACCAACCUAGACCACUCAACAACAGCUCAACUAAACGGAACAACCAGUGAACAAACCAAUAAUCAAAUAAAAGACGUUACUACAGAACUAACAACAGUCAACACAAAAGAUGAUAAUAAAACUACAAUCAAACAAAAUCCCAGUAUAACACCUAUAAAUUCUCCCAGCCGCAAUAUGGAACACAACUCCUUAAACCUAUCGCCCUCCAAUGUCUCUCAAACCUCAACCAAUUCCAAUUCCUCUACAGCAGCGGCCACCACAGCCAGUGCAGCAACAAUUAAUUUGAAUUCCAAUUCGAAUUCAAAUUCUUCCUCCUCCACCAGCAGUAAUGAUAAGAAACAAAAGAAAACGGUUACAUUUAAGAAUGUACUCGAGAGUAGCGAUGAUAAAAGUGCGGUUAAAAAGUUCUAUAACCCGGAUAAUCGUAAACCCUUGGUAUCGAUUAUCAAGAAAGAAUGUCUUAAUCGGCCGCUUAUGUAUACGAGAAAUAGUGAAUUUAUAGUAAGACCAUCGAGGCUAACGGAAAUACUCAAAAAUAAUUCAAAUAUUGAUAAAUUAAAUUCAUUGAAAUUUCGUACGAAUCAUCAGCAACCUCAUACUUCUGCGUUAGGGACGACAACAAGUGAAAGUUGUUCAGUUUUGGCGGGUCCUUUGUCAAGAGUAUUUGGUGCACCCAGUGAGGAAGAGGAUAGUAAACUUAAACAUAAUAUUAUUAAUUUUCGUUUAAGUAAAGAACAAAGUGAUGAGGAGGAAGAAGAAGACGAUGAAGACGAUGAAGAGGAAGAUGAGGAAGAAGAAGAAUGUGAGGAAGAGGAGGAGUUGGACGGAGAAGGAAUAGAAGAAGAAGAUGAUAUGGAGGAGGAAGAGCUUGCUGUGGAAGCUAAACAUUCUCUGGAGCAAGAACAUAAACUCAAGCUUAAAGUCUCUAACGAAGAGGAGGAGGAAAAUCAACAAAUGAUUGUGGAUAAACAUUUUGUUUUACCCAAACGCAGCUGCCGCUCUUCGAGGCUGAUUAAACCCAAUAAACGUUUAAUAGAGGAUGGUAUUAUUUGCAAGAAAAGUAUUUUAAAAACUGCUACCGCCACCAUGGCUACAGCUGCCGCUUUAGCAGCCAAGGAGGAGAAGACAACGGCUCCUGUUCAACAGCCCAACUAUUUCGGUUUGGGUGAUUACAAUGCCAAGGAGUGUAAUGGAACAGCAACCUUAAAAUCCUCUAAGGAAAUAACAUUAGAGAGCCCAAAACUUUCCGCCUCAAGCUUUACCUCCAGCUCAAAUGUUUUCUCGAAUUUUGGCAACAACUCAACAAGUACGGCAACCAAUGGCAGCGCCGGCAGUAGUAGCACAACACUAAAGCCCAGUAGUUUUGUUUUAAGGCAACCACGACUACAAUUCGAAUCUUUAACGAAUGCCAACAGCACCACAGCAGCUGCAGCAACAACAACCAGUGAACGUAGUAGCAACACCAAUGUGGCAGUAGCUGCAGCAGCUUUAGCCUUAUCCGCUUCUUUGCCCAAGUCCUUGCAACAGGCCAUAUCAUCGUCGGCGGCAGCAGCAGCUGCUGGUAGUUUAAGUAACACAGCCUCAUUGCUAUCGCCUACGUUUUCCUUAAAUGGUACCAGUGCUAUCAAAAAUAUUAGCAAUACAAUUACAACAGUCCCUGUUUCUAUAGCUUCCCCGCCAGCUCAUCAUUGUGCUGUUUGUGCUUCCAUAAUACAUUCGAAAAAUUUACCACAAGCCAAUAAGUAUGUGGAAUUAAGCUGUGAACAUUGCCGUAAAUUCAUAUCGAAAAUUGCCAAGAAAUCUCUUGCCAUGAAAAACUCAACCACAAUGAAAACCGUACAACUCCAGUGCAAAGCAGAUGGAAAUUGUGUGAUUUUACCGCUUAACAAUAAGGCGGGUCAUUUGAAAAACUUUAAGAAAGUUUACAAAGAACGUUGUGGCUAUUGUUGGCUGAAAAAGUGUCUACAAACUUUACAAUUGCCAAAAGUGAGGCUAAAUGCAGUGCUGCCGAUCUUAAGUAAUGCCAUCAGCAGCAACAGCAGUAAAUCUUCUUUGCAAGAUACCAAAUCCAAGAAAGAAAUACUAGAGGAAACAACAAAGUUAACGGGUCCUAUUAAAUGGAAACCUUUAGUAGAACCCUUAACCUCUAGUACGACUACAUCAGCAAACCUAACGGAGACAUUAAAAUUGAAUCUGAAAACAAAUCCUUUAGUAGAAAAUAAUGUUACUUUUGGCAGUGUUCCCUUACUAAGGCCGGCCAUUUUGGAAAAACCUUUAUUUUUGAAAAGUUCUUUAGACACCAAAACGGAAAAAAUAGAUAAAAAACCUUUGGAUGUUUUAAAGGAUUUGAAGACGGAAAAACCGGAAUCUAUACUAGCAGAACCAGCCUUGAAAUCUUUAAACAACAAAAAGAAAGAUAAAUCUUUUGAAAAGGAACGCAAAGAAGUGAGAGUAAAAGAAAUGCUUUCACCCAAAGCAGAAACAGAUAAAACGAAAGAGUCUAAAGAAAAAUUGGAGCAGCUAAUGGCAGGGGAAGUAAAGGACUGUAAACAGGAUGACAGCUUAAACACAGCAACAACAGCGUCCACUACUACAGUGGCGGCUAUUAUCCCCGCCGGUCCAACUAAUAGCACAGCAACAACUGGCAAUAAUAACGCCACUACAGUAGCAACAGCAGACAAACGUCAACGCAUAGACUUAAAAGGUCCCCGUGUCAAACAUGUUUGCCGUAGUGCUUCUAUAGUUUUGGGACAACCUUUAGCCAUGUUUGGUGAAGAAGGCGAGGAAUCUAUCUUAAAUGAAGAACAGUUACCGGAAACGUUAGAGCAAACAGAAACUAAACUACCGCUCACCGAUGAAAACGAUAACUGUGCCUCCUGCAAACCCCAACAAUUGGCUACAGAUGAACAACCUUCCCAAAUAACAGAACCUCCCUUAAAGACAGCUAAAAUCGAGAAACUAGAAACCACUACAAAAGCCUUGGUUCCUGUUACCAAGUUAUCACAAAGACCACAUCACUAUAAUACCCAAUUGACCGCCUAUAAGAAACAGAUUAACAGCCAUAUACAUCCCUCCUUAAUGACACAGCGAGCACGCAAGGAACCCCAGGUGAAAUGUAAACUUUUAAUCUCUAUAGACUUCUGGGAAAACUAUGAUCCGGCUGAAGUAUGCCAAACUGGUUUUGGUCUUAUUGUUACGGAAACAGUGGCGCAGCGCGCUUUAUGUUUCCUUUGUGGUUCGGCGGGUCAAGAACCUUUAAUAUUUUGUUCCUGCUGCUGUGAACCGUAUCAUCAGUAUUGCGUCCAGGACGAAUUCAAUCUCAAACAUGGCUCCCUCGAUGACACGCUACUGCUGAAUGAAAGUUGUCUUAGUGUGACGACGCAGGGCCUAAGUUCGCAUGCGAAUAAUGCCAUAGCCAAGUUGAAUUGGCUGUGUCCGCGUUGUACGGUGUGUUACACCUGUAACAUGUCUUCCGGUGCUAAAGUGAAAUGUCAAAAAUGUCAAAAGAACUAUCACUCUACUUGUUUGGGCACUAGCAAACGUUUGCUAGGCGCCGAUCGCCCCUUAAUCUGUGUCAACUGUUUGAAGUGUCGUUCCUGCUCCACCACAAAAGUAACGAAAUUUGUGGGUAAUCUACCCAUGUGCACCAAUUGCUUUAAGUUGCGCAAAAAGGGCAACUAUUGUCCGGUGUGUCAGAAGUGUUAUGAUGAUCAGGAUUUCGAUUUGAAAAUGAUGGAAUGUGGUGAUUGUCAUCAAUGGGUGCAUGCCAAAUGUGAGACUCUAACAGAUGAGCAAUAUAAUCUGCUAAGCACUUUGCCAGAAUCCAUAGAAUUUAUAUGCAAAAGAUGUUCCCGCAAAUCGCAAGAUGCUAAACAAAGAGCCUGCGAAUGGCGGGAGGCGGUAAAGGAAGAAUUCAAGUCCAGCUUAAUGAGUGUUUUAAAGCUGCUAAGUAAAUCGCGACAAGCCUGUGCUUUGCUGAAGCUAAGUCCACGUAAACAGCUAAAAUGUGCUUGUGGUUCCAGCUCCAACUCCUCCACGGCUAAUAACAAAUAUCAACCCAAAUCUUUGCAAUUUAGUUCACAAAACUCACAAGUUAAUGCAACUAAUGAACCGGAUCCUUUGGCUUCCACCAACAAUAUAGACAUCUAUGAAUUCGAUGAUCGUGAACGAGAUCAGGUGACUUUGAAUCAUCAUUCCACUUUGGAGUUACAAACCAAGAAGUGUAUAUGUCAAGCUCAAGUGACAACACCGCCCAGUAGCUUAAGUCUAGUGGAGAUAAAACAUAAAAUCUCCAAUGGUAAUUAUGUCUCAUUGGCGGAAUUCAAUUACGACAUGAAUUUGGUGAUACAACAGGCCAAUUGUGAUGAUUUGGUUAUUGUAUAUAAAGAGAUAUUAAGUGAACAAUUUCCCUGGUUUCAAAAUGAAACCCAAGCCUGUACAGAUGCUUUGGAAGAGGAUAUGUAUGAGGCGGCGGGAGGAGCUUAUGGUCUCAAUACUUCUGGGGAUUCAGAAUCAGAUUAUAAUAUGGAUUGCUUACCCUCUAGCCAGGAGCAACAGGACGAUCAAGAUCGUUCAGCUUUAUUGGCUGAAUUGCCGCAUGAUUUGGAGGAACAGCUGUAUAAUAUAAAAUCUCGCACGGAUGCUAGAAUAUGUUUAUUUUGUCGUCGUACGGGUGAGGGACUGCCGGGAGAAGAAUCUCGUCUUUUGUAUUGUGGUCAUGACUGUUGGGUCCAUACCAAUUGCGCCUUGUGGUCUGCAGAGGUUUUCGAAGAAAUCGAUGGUUCUUUGCAAAAUGUACACUCAGCCGUAGCCAGAGGACGCAUGAUUAAAUGUUCCGUUUGUGGCAAUCGCGGAGCAACAGUGGGUUGUAAUGUUAAGUCAUGUGGCGAACAUUAUCACUAUCCCUGUGCUAGAUCUAAAAAUUGUGCCUUUCUUGCCGAUAAAUCCAUGUAUUGUCCUCAGCAUGCGGCCAGUUUUAGUAGUUCUAAAACCAGUUUUGAAACACAGUUCGAGGUAACACGGCCGGUCUAUGUGGAAUUAGAACGUAAGCGCAAGAAGCUGGUGGAACCCUCAAAGGUACAAUUUCAUAUUGGCUCCUUGGAAGUUAAGCAAUUGGGUCAUAUUUUACCCCGAUUCUCGGAUACUUAUGAAUCUUUGGUGCCCGUUAACUUUCUAUGCUCACGUUUGUAUUGGUCUUCCAAAGAACCUUGGAAAAUUGUGGAAUAUACUGUCAGGACUUAUAUAUACAAUGCCUCCUCGACUUCUUUGUCUAAUGGCGCCAUUGAUUUGGGUAAAAACUUUACCGUGGAUCAUGGUCAAAGUGAUACGGCCUUAAUACAGCAGGGCCUAAAGCAAAUACAACAAUGGCAUUUAAGUUUAGCCAAAGGAGACUAUGAAACCGCUGAGGAAUAUGAUUAUUUAAAUAAUUUUCCUCAACAUUCUUCCUGUUCGGUUAAUAAUACUCAAGAAACUAAUGCCACCAAUGACGAGGAACCUCAAACCAAUGCCGAUCUCUUGCCUCCCGAAAUUAAAGAUGCCAUAUUUGAGGAUUUGCCAGGUGAUUUACUGGAGGGUAUUUCCAUGUUGGAUAUUUUUACCAAAUGCAUGAAUUAUGAGGAUAUGGCUCAAGGAGAACACUCCAAAGAUGGUGUUAGCAAUCAGCAAUUGUCAGAUGAGGAUACUAUGACUUCCAUAGGAGCCUUCACCAAACAAUGGCCAGCGGAGUUUAACAGCAAUUGGCCGAAUACGGUUAAUCACAGUCAUGUGGAGGAUGCUUUGUUAAGCAACAACACCAACGUAACUGCAGCCCAGGCAGCCAAACUGCAGAAAUUGAAGAAAUCCUCCUCGCCGGUGGUGAAUUGUGAGGUUAAUGCCAAAAAUGCCAUUAAAAGAAGAAAGAUAUCGGAAAAUAUGUUAAUGUCGCUCAACAAUCAUCAGCGCUCGCAAAAGAAGGAGGUGGCAGCGGUUACCCGUAGACUAGAUAUGGAGGGUUCCAAUAAAAUAACGUUUACCUGGAGUGCAGAGAAAAGAUAUAAUCUGGAUUCUAAUCAAACCGAUAGUAAAAUUAAAUUAAUGCAAGUGGAUGGUGUUGACGAUAGUAUAACCGAGUAUCGUUUUGUUACCCAAGAAGCUACCCAGGCGGCCGUGAAGUGUGAACGAUGUCAAUGCACUUAUCGUAAUAUAGAAUCUUUUCAAAGGCAUUUAAACAAUUGUGAACCCAUGUCUUCUUCCACCAGUGAAUCGGAAACGGAACAUAAUUCCCAAACACCAGAAUUAACACACAAUACGGCGCAGGCAUUGACUUUGGAACAAUUGCAAGAGUUAAAUAAUAAACUACAGCAGCAGCAGCAACAACAGAGAACUAAUCAAAUGCCUUUUAUACAAAGCAUACCCACACAAACCUUAACGCAAUUGCAAGGCUUGCAAACGGCGAAUAUUUUACAGGGGGUACAAUUGCAGGGAGUGCAAAAUUUGCAGAAUUUGCAAAAUCUACACAAUAUCCAACAGUUAACACAGCCUCAAAGUUUGGGAGGAAACUUUUUCAUUUCUGCCACCCAACCGGAUAUGAAUCAAGCUUCUAAUGAUCUGCAAUUAUAUGCCAAUACUCUACAGGGCUUGACCGCCAAUCUGAAUGGUACUUUUACAUUACAGCCCACAGCCAAUCAAUUUACCACAGCUCCUCAAUUGCAGCAGAAUCAGCCACAACUUAUAGCCGUUUCCACUAACCCGGAUGGCACACAACAGUUAAUACAACUACCGGCAACGGCUGCACAGACACACCAAACGGCUCCGGCAACAUAUCAAACUUUACAGGCCACCAAUUCCGAUAAGAAAAUAGUACUACCCGUAACUCAGGGCAAACCACUCAAAACUAUGGCCACCAAAGCGGCUCAACAGGCUGCCGCCAAGAAUAAACUAAAAGCCACCACUGUGGUGAAACCCAUCCAGUCGAAAAUCAAUGUUACCACAGCCACCACCACCAAUCACAUAACACAACCACAAACGGUUAAUGCCACACAACUAAUCAAUCAACAAUUACUGCAACAAUUGCAACAGCAGGCCCAACAAAACUCAGCACAACCACAGCUACUCUUUCAAACAGCUCCAACACAACAGCAGCAACCGCAAAUCAUAAUGCAGCCACAACCACAAAAUAUCAUUUCAUUUGUAACCACCACUAAUGAUGGCACACAACAGCCCCAACUGCAGUAUGUAACCUUGCCCACAGCGCAACAGGCCACGGAGUACAAGCCUCAAACACAAGCUUCCCUGUUUACCACAGCCAAUACACAGCCUUUGUUGCAAUCAGCCUAUUUGCAAACAGACGCCAGUGGUAAUUUGGUCCUAACCAAUGGACCACCACAAACUACCACUCCUUUACAGCUGAUAACCACACCCCAGGGACCGCAGGUUAUAGGCACCUUAAUACAACCACAAACUUUGCAACUGCAGGGAGGUAAUGUUCUGACAACAACCACCACCUCCACGGCAGAAGGAGGAAUACCACAACAGGGCAGCGCGCAGACCCAACAGCAACAGGUGAUUAUUAGCGGAAAUCCAGCAGGAGCCACCAAUGGUUUAGAAAUGCUAACAGCGGCCACACAACCACAAGUCAUAUUAGCCACUACUACACAACCCAUGUACUAUGGCUUGGAGACUAUUGUACAAAAUACUGUCAUGUCUUCACAACAAUUUGUUUCCACCGCCAUGCCGGGAGUGUUAAGCCAAAAUGCCAGUUUUUCGGCCACUACUACCCAGGUGUUCCAGGCCAGCAAAAUAGAACCUUUAGUGGAUAUACCCGCCGGCUAUGUUUUGGUCAACAAUAUGGAUGCCAAUAAUGCUCUUUUACAACAGCAACAAGCUAACAAUGCUGCAAAUUCUGCAGCCCAACAGCAGGCUAAUCAAAAUACUUUCAUACAAGCCGCCCUACAACAGCAGGCCCAGGCUUUGGCCGAACAGCAACAACAACAGCAGCAGCAGCAACAACAACAGCAGGCUGCCCAAAAUAAUGUAUAUCGGUUGCAAACACCUCCUGUAAACACCUCGCAAGGUUUCCAACUACAAACACAACCACAAAUAAUGGUAACACAACAACAAACCUCAACAGCAAAUCAACCACAAUAUGUAGAGGCUACAACUCCGCAACAAAAUGUGCAUUUGGUUAGUGCCAAGGUGGCUCCGGUGGCACAAGUUAAAAGAACCAAAUCUACAGCUCCCGUCGCCACAGUAACUAAGGUACAACCUCAAGUGGUUAAUAAAGUAAUGCCCAAUGUGGUGCAAACACCAGCGCCUGCACAAGCCACAAAAAUUAAACUACAAACUGCACAACUACAGCAAACACAAACUCCACAAACAGCAAACAAUCUAAAGCCCAUAAAUCAAACCCAGCUUAAUGCAAUAAUGCAACAGCAGCCGCAAAUAACAAUAACAUCACAAAAUCUAAACACAGCAAGCAAACCAAUGGAGGUAACUAAAGCGCAACUAACAAACACCACGGCCACAAUCGUGGCAGCUUCAAUAAACUCUACAACAACUACCACAGCUAACAGCAACAAGAAAACCAAUAUGAUAAGACCUUUACACAAGCUAGAGGUAAAACCCAAGGUAAUGAAAACCGCCACGGCCACGGUAGUAACCAAGCCUACCAUAAACAAUAAUAUAAACCAAAACAACCCGCCUUUACAACAGCAAACAACAAUAGCGCCGCCCCUAAAUCCCAAUAAAAUGAUAGUGUUGAAACCACAACAGCAACAACAACAAACAACGCAGCAGCAGCAACAAACAACAACAGCGCAGCAAGCACUCAUACAAAAUAACACAAAUCCAACAAAUCUAGGAAUAACAGAGGCGGAAACUAAUACCAUCAUGCCUCUGACAAAUCUAACAGAAUCUACGGAAACUACAGAGUUUAUGAAUCUGCAACAUGUGGCUAAUAAUCAUCAGCAACAUUACAAUGUUUCCGAUGCUUUAUUGUUAGACGAAAGUUCACAAAUGGCUCAGCAGACUCUGUCUCACUGUAGCUUUUCAAAUACAACGAAUUCAGCAUACGAGCAAACACAAGCACCAGCUGCUGCAGCAGGACAACACAAUAACUCGGAUAAUGUUAACAAUAUAUUGCCCACAAUACAAAGAAUGCCCCAGUACACCAACAUUAAUAUUGUCAAUCCUUUGCAACAGUAUUCUAAUACAACAACCUCUACGUCUACCACCACCAGCAGCAGCAGUACUACCAUAACCCGGCCUACAAAUCGGGUUUUACCCAUGCAGCAAAGGCAAUAUGAACAACAUUCUCAGACCAACUGCAGUUCAACUUCGUCUACUUCCACAGGAGCUGCAGCAGCAGUUAAUACGCAAUUUACACAGCAUUCUACUACUACAAAUACACAGAUCUCACAAAGUCAAAAUCUAAAUAACACAGCGAUGGAUACAACACCUCCCAUAGCCAUUAAAAGCAACAUUAAUAAAAUCGCCUACGAGCCGGAGGUUAAACAAAUGUUGCUGCAUUCACCCCAACCUCCACAGGAGGCUAUACAAAAUCAUAUGCAGCAACAAUUGCAAACACAACAAAAUCUGCAAUUGCAGCAGCAACAAAGUAUACAACACAAUAUAGCUAAAUCCUCCCCUCCUCCACUAGCCUACGAUAUAGGGGAAAAAGUGGAUGAUUCAAAUCCCAAAAUGUGUCUGCAUGAUAUGAACUAUGUACACAAUAACAUGCCCGAUUUUGUUAAUCCCUCUACACCCGAGGCAUGUCUCAUAACCGAUCCCAAAUUCCCUCCAGAAGGAGAAGUUAUUUUGGGCGGUGGCUCGGAUUGCUGUGAAAUUGAGGAAGAAGCCUUAAGUUCUGCUCAUAAUGAGGAAGAAGAAACUGAAAUGGAUCAAGGGCAGCCUGAUGAUGAGGAUGACGAUGGUUUUAGUUUGAAAAUGCCUUCGGCAGAUGGUUCCGAUAACAUGUCUAUGGAUAGUGAUGAGCCAGCAGUUAAAGAAAAAAUCAGCAAAAUUCUAGACAAUCUUACCAACGAAGAUUGCAAUGAUUCUUUAAAUACUAACACCACAUUGGAGGCACAAGUGCAAGAAAUGCACUGCAACAAUCAAUAUCUCAAUAAUACCCUAACAGCGGAGAAUUUAGAAAACAAUGAGCAGCAGCAGCAAACACAAUUAACGCCACAAGAUGCUAAUGAUUACUACACACCCACAACAGAGGAAACAUCAGCCUUUAUAGCCGCCCAAUUGGCAGUUGAAAAUAUGAAAGAACAACAGCAACAGCAAAAUGAAAAUUAUAAUCAUUUGCUACAAUCUGAAAAUUCGGCCAAACUGCAGCAGGAAGUGGAAAAUUCCCUCAAUACCAACUAUAUGCAAAAUUGCGCCAACUCCCUAACACCCGCCUCGAAUUUGAAUACUCUACAGCAGCAGCAAACAGCUAAUCUCUCAGCCCCUUUAACCUUAACAGCACAGCAACCGCCUCAUCCUCCCUCUAGAGAUCCCAAACGUAUAACAGGACCUCAUUUACUUUAUGAAAUACAAAGUGAAGAUGGUUUCACCUAUAAAUCUUCCUCCAUAAGUGAAGUAUGGGAAAAAGUUUUCGAGGCUGUACAAGUAGCUCGCCGCGCCAAUGGUUUGGCUCCCCUACCCGAGGGGCCGCUAGCCGAUAUGAGUGGUGUUCAAAUGAUUGGUCUUAAAACGAAUGCUUUAAAAUAUCUCAUUGAACAAUUGCCGGGCGUAGAGAAAUGCAACAAAUAUACACCCAAAUAUCAUAGACGUCAUGGUUCUAGCUCCAAUUCCCACUCGGCUUCCAGCAGUUCACUGUCCUCUUCAUCUUCUAUGAAUGGUAAUGCCUCUGUAGCCGCCUCCCUCGAUACCGAUAGCAAUAGUAUGGAUUAUGCUUCAGAUCAAGAAGAUCUAACGGAAAAUCCCUAUGAAUGUGCUCGAUGUGAACCGUUUUCGAAACGUUCGGAAUAUGAUAUGUUCAGUUGGUUGGCUUCACGGCAUCGCAAACAACCGGUACAAGUGUUUGUACAACCUUCGGACAACGAACUGGUGCCAAGACGUGGUACGGGCAGUAAUUUACCCAUGGCAAUGAAAUAUCGCACUUUAAAGGAAACUUAUAAAGAUUAUGUGGGUGUAUUCCGUUCUCAUAUCCACGGUCGUGGUUUAUAUUGUACAAAGGAUAUUGAAGCUGGUGAAAUGGUUAUUGAGUAUGCUGGCGAACUAAUACGUUCCACAUUGACAGAUCAACGUGAACGUUAUUAUAAUAGUCGUGGCAUUGGCUGUUACAUGUUUAAGAUCGAUGAUCAUUUAGUGGUGGAUGCUACAAUGCGUGGUAAUGCAGCUAGAUUUAUAAAUCAUUCUUGUGAGCCCAAUUGCUAUUCCAAAGUUGUUGAUAUAUUGGGCCAUAAACACAUAAUCAUUUUCGCUUUACGACGUAUUGUUCAAGGCGAGGAAUUGACUUAUGAUUAUAAAUUUCCAUUUGAAGAUGAGAAAAUACCCUGUUCGUGUAGCCAAAAAAGAUGUCGUAAGUACUUAAAUUGAGAAGAGAACGUGGAAAAUAGUAAGCAAUUUAUGGGUAUUUGGUGUAAAGUUUUAACAUAAAAAGAAAACAAGAUAAAGCAUAAAGUGAUUUUCAAAGAAAAGUGAUUUUUUUUAUAAUUUCGAAGCGAAACAUUUUUAUGUCUGUGUAAUUAUUAAUAUACUCAUAGUUUAAAUAUUAUAUACAUAUAUUAUUAUAACAAAGAAACAAAAACUAUAAUUCUUAUAACAACAAUAGCAGCAAAAGCA